GCGGCGGCGGCGGCGCGGCUAUGGCGGUUGGCGGUGGGCGGCGCGGAGGCGGUAAGCUCGCGGCUGGAAGCCGCGCUUCCUGACGUGUCUCAGCCGCUAGCUCAGUCCGGCCGCUGCCAUGUACCCGCAGUCACCGAGGCAGGACUUCUUCGCGGUGACUCUGAACUUGGGAGAGCGGUCCCAAAGCGGCGCUGACAGCGGCGGCAGCAAGUACUGGAGGCGGCGGCGCCUCUGCUGGCGGAAAUGGAAACAAUUAUCACGAUUACAGCGGAAUAUAAUUCUUUUCUUCUUUGCCUUUCUUGGUGUCUGUGGACUCAUUUCCUACAUCAAUAUGGCUAACCACGGGAGAGCCUUCACCAGCAGGUCAUCAGAAGAACAGAAGAUAGAACUUGACAUUCCUGAACUAAAUCCUGCUGUUUUAGCAGCUCCUCAGAAAGCAGAUGCUAAUCAGGGUGACUUUCCUGAGAUUUUGCCUCAGAAAACCAGAAAUUCUCAUCAAGGGAGGCUUGUGAAUCUACAGAUCAAAGCUCCACAGGAAGAUCAGAAAGAAAGGCCACAUGAUGAUGAUACCAAGAAUCUGGAGGAAGAACAUGACCAGGCUAGCAAUGAGAACAAAUCUGAGAGGACUGUUAUUAGCUGGAGAGGUGCUGUGAUUGAACCUGACCAGGGCACAGAAUCUCCUUCCAAUAAAAUGCAAGAGCCAGUUCACAAGUCUUCGACAGCGGAAAUUAAAAACCAGAAGAAACCAGUUCCUAUCAAUGAAAGGCAAAAGGCUGUAAUAGAAGCAUUCCGCCAUGCAUGGAAAGGAUACAAAAAGUUUGCUUGGGGACAUGAUGAACUAAAGCCAUUGACACAUUCAUUCAAUGAGUGGUUUGGACUUGGUCUGACAUUAAUUGAUGCCUUGGACACCAUGUGGAUUUUGGGUUUAAAAGAAGAAUUUGAAGAAGCCAAGGCAUGGGUGAAGACGGAAUUGAAUUUUGGAAAAAAUGUGGAUGUAAAUCUAUUUGAGAGUACUAUCCGAAUCUUGGGUGGACUUCUGAGUACCUACCAUUUAUCUGGAGAUAGUCUUUUUCUGGAAAAGGCAAAAGAUAUUGGAAAUCGGCUAAUGCCAGCAUUCAACACCCCCUCCAGGAUCCCAUACUCUGAUGUAAACAUUGGCAGUGGUGUUGCCCACCCUCCUCGCUGGACCUCUGAUAGCACUGUGGCAGAGGUGACCAGUAUUCAGCUGGAGUUUAGAGAACUCUCUCGGCUCACUGGAGAUAUGAGAUUUCAGACAGCCGUGGAAAACGUGAUGAAACACGUUCAUUCUCUAUCAGGGAAAAAUGAUGGCUUGGUUCCCAUGUUUAUCAAUACCAACAGUGGCCUCUUUACUCACUUGGGAGUCUAUACUCUAGGUGCCCGAGCUGACAGCUAUUAUGAAUAUUUGCUGAAGCAGUGGAUCCAGGGAGGAAAGAAAGAAAAUGAAUUGCUGGAAGAGUAUAUUAAUGCCAUAGAAGGGGUCAAAAGACACCUACUUCGGAAAUCUGAGCCCAGCAAGCUGACUUUUGUGGGUGAACUUGCUCAUGGCCGCUUCAGGGCCAAGAUGGAUCACCUGGUAUGCUUUUUGCCUGGUACCCUGGCUCUUGGAGCUCAUAAUGGAUUAACAGCUGAUCAUAUGGAACUGGCUAAAGCUCUCAUAGAAACUUGUUACCAGAUGUAUCAUCAAAUAGAGACUGGUCUGAGCCCAGAGAUUGUGUACUUCAAUAUUCAUCCCCAGAAAGGCCAUAAAGAUGUGGAGGUUAAGUCUUCAGAUAGGCAUAAUCUGCUGCGACCCGAAACGAUAGAGAGCCUGUUCUAUUUAUAUCGGUUUACUGGUAACAAAAAAUACCAAGACUGGGGCUGGGAGAUCUUGCAGAAUUUCAACAAGUAUACAAGGGUCCCUGGAGGUUAUUCUUCUAUCGAUAAUGUCCAGAAUCCCAGCAACCCACAGCCAAGAGAUAAGAUGGAAAGCUUCUUUCUGGGAGAAACCUUGAAGUAUUUUUUCCUGCUCUUUUCUGACGAUAUGGAACUUAUCAACCUUGACCAAUAUGUAUUUAAUACAGAGGCUCAUCCUCUUCCCAUCUGGGUCCCCGUUUAACAGAAGGCUAGGAGAAACAGACCCUGGUGAAGGGGGGAACAACUUCUCCUUGGUAUAGGGCCUUUCCCAGGUGAGCAGGGUUUUUAAACAGCACAAUUUUCAGGCCUUCCUGGAGGACCAGAUAUGGGAAAGCCUUUCUCCACUUUGGAGAAAUCAGCCAUUCUUAGAAAUCCAGCCGUGAAGUAUGUGCUGCACCCAGCUGCUGGGAGCCAGAUGAAAUUCGACUCAGGGCUGAAGUAAUGGGAGGUGGGAGGCUUGGUCCAGAGGGACCACCAGGGCCCGAGCCACCUUGUGCCAUUUUCCUUUGGAGUCCCUGAUUCAGGGAUUUGUGCACACUGGCGUUAGGGGCUACUUUCCCCUCAGGUUUUCAGAUUGUAGAUUCAGCUAGAAUGAGAAAUAAUAAGUCAGCAACUCGUAGUUCUGGAUACAGCUGUGGUCCCAACUUAGAAAUGGAAUAAGCAAGAAGUCAUUCCACCUUUAUCAUACGAUUGCAGUGUGCUCAGCAGUGGUUCCAGACACUCUGAUCUCACUCUGAGAUGAAAUGGUGUAAUCAUUUGAAAAGAGAAAUGACUUAAGAAGCCUUUCUAGUGUCCUUGUUCAGAAAGCACUGUGAAUGUAUUUCAAGGAGAUGGGGUUCCCCGUAGAAAGUUAAGUAUGGAUUUUGCUGCUGGUUUGGCUCCGUGGUAUAUAAUUUUUUAGCUGUGUACUUUUUUUUUUUUAAACAUAUAAGAUUCAAUGUGAAACAAAGUCACAAAUUGCUCAUACAUUUGUAUUUGUAUCAGUUAGACUCAGGUAUUCUGACUGGAAAGGCUGCUUUGUGGUGCUGAGCUAGGAGGGCGUAGUUAAUCUUAACUCAGCCUUGUCUCACUUUCCUCUUUCCCCUUGCCAUAUUACUCCAUUGGGGUGCACCAGGCUUAAUCCAGGCCAGUGUAAAUUCCUAUAAGCUGUAAUGUCUGUCUUAAUUGUAUUGAAAGGGUUUUUUGGUUUGCUUAGUUUAUUUCUUUUAGUAAGUACUUAUGUAGAUAGGAUACAGGACAUUUCUUCUAAAGGAUGAUUUGUUUUGAGGAUUGACUUGUUGAAAUUACAUAAUUUAACCAUGGAAUCCUUAAAUGAGCUUCUUAAAACAUUCCCUCAAAUGUGCAUAGGUUAAAUAGGAAUUGUAGCUGACAUAGAAGUGAGAAAAGAUCACAAUCCAUGCCCCAGAAUGGAGUCUCAUGGUAGCCAAUGUCAUGUGAACCAAGAGCCUUCCUGGCAGUCAGUGGAGCCCUUCCAGGUCUUCCCUUGGGAAAGAGUGACCCCUCAAUCUGCACAAAGUACAAAUAGCAAUUUUCUACAAGUUGGGAAACAGCUUGUAGCAUUUGUUGCUAAGUGGACUAGUUUCUUCCCUAGUUGGAUGAAACUGUUCAAACGUGUGGGACCAUAUGUAAUUUUUGACAACACUGUUUAUCAUUCCUUGUAGUGAUAGCUCAUGUGUAAAAUCAUUUUUGCAGUAAAUGGGAUUUAUUUGAGCAUGUCAUAAAGCCUUUGAUGCUAGAAGUUGGAGACAUCUUGCCAGGACCUAAUAUGUGGCCUCUUUAUUUUUAAAUGCUUAGAAGGUUGUGCAUUCAUGGAUGGGGUUUGCAUAUAGGUCCAUGGAAUAAUGUGAAUAUUCCUGUGAGGGAGUCUGCACUAUGGAAGCCAUUUUCAGUCAAGCUGCAUUAUCUGGUUUAUAUCUACAAUGGGGGUCUUUGUACACUGUGAAAAAAAAAAAAAAGAUACCAAGUGCUAUUAGAAUAUGGGAUGGUAGAUAAAUAAGUAGCCUUUUCCUUUUCUUUACAUAAAUAUAUGUAUUUUCCCUAACUCUGUUCUAUCACCACCAUUGUCUCCUGGAGCAAAUAUAGUUACAUGAGUUGGUUUUUCUUUUGUUUUUUUUGUUAGUGGGUGGUGGGAGAACACAGAAGAGAGAGUACAUAUCAAGUCCUGGCAGAAUUAAUGCUGAUCCUUCAUGGUUCAUUAAAAGUAUUCUCCUGGAUGACUUCCUCAAAAAUGAAUCUAAAUUGAAUACCUCUGUACUCCUUUAUUCAGUGUUUCACUUUAGGGAGGAAAUUGAGGAAGGUGUUGCUAUCUUUAUGGAAACUUUAAGAAAGUUCAUGGUAUCAAAAUUCCACAGAGAAGCUCCUAAUACUUAUUUCAAUCAACAAAAGCUCAUUGUAAUUUUCCUGCCAAAAUUGUUCCCUAAGGACCAUUCAGGUGGGAGGCAGCGUGGUGAAGAAAGAACACUGAAAAUCUGAUUGAGUUUGGAGGUAGGGGUUCUAGCCUUAGUUCUGCCAGUAUCUGUUUGAUUUUGAGUAAGGCACAUUGUCUCUGGCUCUUAGUGGAGAGAACUGAACUAGGUGAUCUCUCUGGUUCCUUCUGGCUGUAAAACUAAAUGAUUGGGUGGCAUCUUGAUCUCCAAUACCUUCAUUUUCAACCAAAGGGAGAGAAUGUGCCCUGGUGCCCUCAGAAUGGGAGGACACUGCUAAAGUAAGUCUGUAGCCACAGAAUGUAAAAAAGCAUUAAAUUUCUUAGAAUCAAAAGACCUGGGCUAGGAUCCAGGGCUCCUUACUCACAGGCCAAUAUAAUCUAUUAUACAUUCAGACAGAAAUUAAUGUGCAAAAGAAAUUCUAGGUCCUGUGGGGAAAGGAAAGUUUUAUUCCAUGUUCUGAAUCACCAAAUAAUGGAGUUCUAUAUUAUACAUUUUAUUAAACAUAACUUAUUUUAA